CCGGCCUCAGGAAUGUCUGCGGAGCCCAGCUCCUCCUCCUCGCCGCCGUGCCCCGGCCCUGCGCCGCCCAGCUCGCUGCACCUGCCCGAGAGCCGGCGGCCGCGGGAGCGCUCCCCGUCCCCGCUGCGGGGCUGCCUCAUCCCCAGCCCGCUGCCCACCCGCCGCACGCGGACCUUCUCGGCCACGGUGAGAGCCUCGGAGGGGCCCAUCUACAAAGGGGUCUGCAAGUGCUUCUGCCGCUCCAAGGGCCACGGCUUCAUCACGCCCGCUGACGGAGGGCCCGACAUCUUCGUGCACAUCUCAGACAUUGAAGGCGAGUACGUUCCCGUGGCAGGCGACGAGGUCACCUACAAGAUGUGCACCAUCCCUCCCAAGAACGAGAAGCUGCAGGCAGUGGAGGUGGUGAUCACCCACCUGGCCCCUGGCACCAAGCACGAGACCUGGUCAGGGCACGUCAUCAGCUCCUGAGGCGUCCCUGGAGCGUGGCUGCUGCCAGGUGGGCUCUGCUCAGCAACUGGCUGCAGGACCUGCCUGAAGAAUUCUGUGUGUGAGGAAAUACUGCAUUGUCAAUAAAGCAGAUGCAGGCCAAAAUUACAAUUUUUUACAGCUGGCCCGAUUUAAAAAAAAAAAAAAGGCAAUUCAAAUGCUAAUGAAAAAAAUCUAGCGCAAUGUGUUUACAAGAAAUGUAUUUAAAGAGAGCUAGUUUGUGUGCUUGGUGGAGGAGGGGAGGUUUGGGUUUUCUUUUGUCUUGUGAACUGAUUCCAGGAAAUGCCCAGGGGAAGGGGGGAGAGGUUUCAAGGAGAGCUCUUCUGGUGCAGGUGGCCUGGCCCAGCUCAGAGCCCUGAGCUCCCUGGGCUGCUCUCCAGGGCUGCAGCACCUUUAUUGCUGAUUUAGUGCCUGAAUGCCCUGGCUGACACACAGAGGUGUUCACUGCUGACUUGUUUUCCUCAUGGAAGGAAGUUCACAAACACAGCAGCUGCCACAGGGUGGAAGAUCUCCAUCAGGGGGUUGUGCUCCAGUGCCCAUCAGGUGCACCCCUGCAAAUGGUGUGGAAAUUGUGUUGUACUGGUAAAGCUGGGGUUGUUUGUGAAUUUAUUUAGGUGCCUUGAUGGUUGAUUAGCAACAGAUUUUAUAGGCCAGUAUUAAAAAAAAAAAAAAAAAUCUCAAAUUUAAAUUUGCUCCAAGGUAAGUGGUAGAAAACCAUAGAGUAGUGGAUACUUCACAGCCUCAGAGGGUGUCUGUAUGAAUUUUGACCAGGCUGAAGAUUUGCCUUCCAGACUGCAUGCAGCUGACUGGCAUGGUGUGCCAGGGGCAGGGAGGGCACCUGCACUGCUGCACAGCAGCUGUGUGCUGCCCA